ACGGCAAUGGUGAUGUCGUCGUUGAUCACCAACUCCCGCAGUCUCUAUCGAUCUUCAUCGUUGACCCAAACCUCUCCCUUCAAAACCCUAGCCAUGAUCCUCCAAUCUCCCCUACCUCUCAUCCUCCAAUGGCCUCCUCCUCUCUUCUCCUUCUUCUCCUCUUCAUCGUCUCAGAUCCUCUCGGAUCUCUCUCCACCUCCUCUUUCAGCUUCGACAUCCACCAUCGCUUCUCCGAUCCGGUCCGCAAGUUCUCCAGUGACGCUUGGCCAUCUCCGGAGAAGGGAAGCCGCGAGUACUACACCGCUCUUGUUAAUCAUGACCGAGCUUUGCGUGGCCGCAGGCUCUCUGAAACGCAGGAGCUUACAUUCGUGGAUGGCAAUAGCACUUUCAAUUUCCCCUCACUUGGAUUUUUGUACUAUGCGAUUGUUGCUGUGGGAACGCCAAAUGUGACGUUUUUGGUGGCGUUGGAUACUGGUAGUGAUCUCUUCUGGUUGCCAUGCGAGUGCCAGAGUUGUGCUCCGACCUCAUCCCAGAAUUAUGGAUUGGAUCUUGUGUUUGACACCUAUAGCCCUAAAAAUUCAUCAACAAGCAAGACUCUUCCUUGCAACAGCAGUUAUUGUGAACAUCAAAGUGAAUGCUCGAAAUUGGCAGGCCAGUGCCCCUACAAAGUCCAAUAUGCUACAGCCAAUACUUCAACUUCCGGAAUUUUAGUUGAGGAUGUUCUAUACUUAACAACAGAGAACACCAGUUCUAAAGUUGUUCAAGCACCAAUAGUGUUUGGUUGUGGCCAGGUUCAGACAGGCUCAUUUUUGAAGUCUGCAGCACCAAAUGGUCUUUUUGGUCUUGGUAUGGAUAAAAUAUCUGUUCCUAGCAUCUUGUCAAGUGCUGGUCUAACUUCAAAUUCAUUCUCAAUGUGCUUUCGGCAUAAUGGCGUUGGAAGAAUAAGUUUUGGGGACAAAGGUAGCUCAGACCAAGGGGAGACCGCAUUCCAUAUUGAAAAAGGACAGCACCCUUCUUACAAUAUAAGCAUAACUGGAGUGAACAUAGGGAGCAGCUCAGUUGAUGUAAAUUUUAGUGCUAUUGUUGACUCCGGUACCUCCUUCACAUCUUUAGCAGAUCCAUCAUACACGCUUCUUGCAAAUGAUUUCAACGCACAAGUAAAAGAGAAGCGGCAAAGUACACUUGAUGGGAAGUUGCCAUUUGAGUAUUGUUACCAAAUAAGUCCCAAUGCAACUUCUAUUUUACUUCCUUUUAUCAAUCUAACAACAGAAGGUGGAAGCCAGUUUCCUGUUCACUCUUCAGUUGUUCUCGUUACGGACAAGAACGGAGAAUAUUUCUACUGUUUGGCUAUUCUCAAAGCUUCAACUUCUGAACUCAAUAUAAUUGGACAAAACUUCAUGUCUGGCCUUCGCAUCGUCUUUGAUCGAGAAAGGUUGGUCUUGGGCUGGAAGAACUCUGACUGUUAUGACACCAACUCUACUGAACCUGAACCCGCAAACCCACCGAUAUCUUCCGCUUUCGCUCCAAAUCCAAGCAUCACAAUUGUACCAAGCAAUCCACAGACAGUAGGAAAUAAUAAACAGGGCUCGUCGCCGUCGUCCUCAGCUGGCAUUUCCCAGUCUUUAAGCUUUAGCAGAAGAAUAAUUUUGAUGCUGUUUCUGCUCUGUUUCACCAUUUUUUGAUGAUUUUUCCAGGAGUUUUACGGCUUCAAUCAGUGUUCUUUAGUCAUACUAUUAUUUAUUACUGUAAUUGCUUGAGAUACAUGGGUUGAUUGUAAGCCCUUGAUAUAGUGUAGAGUAGAAGAAUGCCAGAGUUCCACUAUUUUAUUAUUUUGUUUACUUUUAUAUUUGUAUAUAUGACUUGAAUAAAUUAAUAAAGGUAAUUAUACUCGCUUGCAUUUCCUUA